AUGGGUUUGCUGCCUCAGGCCUCGGGCCCGAACGCAGCUGCGGGCAUGAGCAUGCCCACAUUGAUCAUGCCCAACGUGCUGCAGUCCGGGCAGAGGCCGUCCGGCUGGUCCACCGCGCCGCGACUGCCCUUGAACAACAUAGUCAGCGGUUCGAAGACGGGCGAUGCCCCGCCACCGCCGCCACCGCUGCCCGACCACGUCGUAGCCCCGCAGCCGCCGGGCGGGGUGCUCGUGUACGACGACGACCUCGUCUCACCCGAAGAAAAGCGCGCCGUCAUGUACAACUACCGACAGAGUGUCGUACUCGACACUACAAAAGCAUUCUAA